AAUCAUCAAAGCAAGUUCGAUUGCCGAUAUAGAACAGAAGCAAAAUUGCGACGUUGCCAAAAUAUUCCAGAAUACCGAAACGAGUGAACUGACGGCACGCGACACGCGACACCGGUAUACCGUGAAGACAGAACCUUAAGGUUUAUCUUCGUUCGCUGCUCUCACAGAGACAAUUUAGACCGUUAUCAAAAAAUUUCAUUGGCGGGUACAGAGGAAAUAGGAAGCAACUUCAGAGAGUUCAACAACAACAAAAUCAACGCGCGCGGCACGCGCGCUAAGCCAAUUUCUAGUUAUACAAAUUAAGCAUACUUACACUGCAUGAGGUUAAAAUAAGAUUUUACAGAAAAUAAGAAUAAUUUUAAAAAGUUCAGUAUAUUAAUAAAAGUUAAAGAAUAAUUUUGUAUAACGGAAUCAUUAUCAUCAAUAUUAUACUUUAUUUUAUUAUUGUACAAAAUGACUAUAGGGAAAAAUAAUAAAAUGCUGCAGCAUAUCAACUAUAGAGUUCGUAUAAUAUUACAAGACUCUAGAACAUUUAUUGGCACCUUCAAAGCAUUCGAUAAGCACAUGAAUUUGAUACUUGGUGAUUGUGAAGAGUUUCGAAAAAUUAAACCAAAAAAUACCAAACAACCCGAGAGAGAAGAAAAGAGAGUUCUCGGAUUUGUACUGUUACGUGGAGAAAAUAUUGUAUCUUUAACAGUAGAAGGACCACCACCACCUGAAGAAGGUUUACCAAGAGUUCCAAUACCUGGAACAAACACAGGUCCAGGUGUUGGUCGAGCUACUGGACGUGGUAUGCCUGCUAAUAUUUCUGGUAUUCCGGCUGGAUUACAAGGCCCAGUUCGUGGUAUUGGAGGGCCAUCUCAACAGAUCAUGACACCUGGAAUAAGAGGUCAAGUAUCUGCUCCACCACAAAUGCAUUCUGGAGCUCCUUCAAGAAUUGCAGUUUCUGGAGGUCCUCCACCCGGAAUGCUAGGACCGCCCCCUGGAAUGAUGGGUUUACCUCCAGGAAUACCACCAAUAGGACGUGCAGGACCUCCUAUGGGCCCUCCAAGCAUAAGAGGACCUCCACCAGGAUUAAUGCGAGGUGUGCCUCCCCGACCUUAUUAAAAAUUUAAAUAAAAGGAUUUAAAUGAGAUUUAUCAUUUUUGUGGGAUUUAAAUUUUUUUAGCAAUAUAUGCAAUUUUGUACUUGAAAAUAAAUAAAUACACGAAUGAAUUUCAA